AUGGGUACUUUUGGGUGUGGGGAACAUAGAACUGUCGAAUAUUUCUCAUCUUUAAUAAGCAUAAAUUCACCAAUAAUACAAAAUCGAAUCUAUCCGGGAACAUCCGCUAACCCGCUAGCAACGGGAAUACUACUGAACUCACAAAUGUCAUGGUGGAGCUACACGAGCCCAAAUCAACUACUCACGCAAUCACACAUUUGUACCCACCACCCGCAUACAUCCACACAUGUACACACCCAUACACCCAUACACCCACACACGCACACACACCCAUAUACCUAUACACCCACACACGCACACAUACCCACACGCGCACGCAUAUAUAUGCAAACGUGA